CGUUACGCGGUGUGGUGAUUCGUCGGUUUGAAGUUUUUGCGUUCAUUUUAUAGUGCAAAAAUCAUUUCAAUUGCUUCACUCAGUUUACCGCAAAAGAAGAUCUAAACGUGCUUGAAAACUAACUGACGCAAAAUAAGUGUCAUUCUUAUUGAAUUUGCAUAUUGAUAAAAGAAAGUAGUGAUUGAUUGGUAAUUCGGAAUGUGGUGUUAAACAACGUGGUCAUGCAUAAAAGGCUUUGGCUGGAUCUCGAGUGAAGCCGGCAAGUGAAGCAACAAGCCAAGUGGUGAAAAUAAAAAAAAGUAUUGGAUUACUUUGUGCACCAGUAGCAGCAGUACAAUAAAUACGGUUUACUUGAAAAAUACAUAAAAUUGUUUUUAUAAUAUUGUCAUUAACGGAACAACUUUUAAAUCAUGAUCGGAUAGGUGAUUUACAGUGCGUGACAGUGUGCGGUGUAUGUAGAAGAAAACAAAAGUUGCAAUGCUGCCCAAAAUAAGAAGAAAAUAAAAAAAACGUGUCAUUUUGUGAUGUAGUGCAAAUGAGCGUAUACACUAUCUCAACGUAAUCGACUCACCUACUGAGGCUGCCAUCUUUGCUACCGGAUUAACGACUACAGCUGCAUCCUACUACGCGACUAACAUCCAAUAUCCACUACCUGGGACACUGGAUGCAACAGUCUCAGCUUCCUUAACGCACUUAAACCAAUGAGGCCGGAAACGUGCUGUAGCACAAUGAAUAGGGGUUACUUUUUCUGUGUUCUAUACCUCACUUCAAUGUUCCUAUUCACGGAGAUCGAAGGCUCGGGACUGUUUGAGCUCAAGCUAAAACACUUCACAAACGAAAGAGGGGUGGAUAACGAUGGUGCUUGCUGUUCAGGACGAUCGGACUCAAAUGGCAACUGUAUCGGUGCGUGCAAAACUCGAUUUCGUGCGUGUUUGAAACACUAUCAAGCCAAAAUUGAUACAUCGUCGCCAUGCACGUUUGGAGAUUUCACAACCCCUGCGUUAGAAGGAAACUCGCUGAAUUUGACCCAAAAAAGCAAACAAGAAGGAUUUGAAAAUCCGAUCCGCUUUCCGUUUGAGUUUGGGUGGCCGGGAACAUUUACACUGAUUGUUGAAGCCUGGCUUGAUACCAACGAAACGACAGCGAGAUCGCCUGGUGUCUUGAUCUCUCGACUCUCAAUCCAACGAGUACUGGACGUUUCGGCGGAAUGGACCGAGGACAGUUACAAUACAUCACACGCGGUUAUGCAGUACGCAUUUCGUGUUACUUGUGACGCAUCCUACUAUGGGGCAGGUUGUGCCAAUCUCUGUCGAAAGCGCGAUGACCAAUUUGGCCAUUACACUUGCUCACCGACCGGUGAACGAGUAUGUCUCGCGGGAUGGCAAGGCGAUUAUUGUACUACUGCACGCUGCACUCCGGGAUGCAAUGAACAGCAUGGCCAUUGCAGCAAACCGAAUGAAUGCAUAUGCCAAUCCGGUUGGAAGGGGCCAUUGUGUGAUGAAUGUGAACCGUACCCUGGCUGCAUGCAUGGAACGUGCAAGAAACCUUGGGAAUGCCUCUGCAACGAAGGCUGGGGCGGUCUCUUCUGUAAUCAGGAUUUGAAUUUUUGUACCAAUCACAAACCUUGCCAGAAUGGUGGCACCUGCUUCAACACCGGUCAAGGAUCGUACACAUGCAAGUGCCCGCCAGGUUUUACCGGAACGGACUGUGAAGUUCGUAUUAGUGACUGUGCAGCUACACCCUGCCUUAACGGUGGUGUCUGUAACGACGAGAAACAUGGAUAUCGAUGUGAAUGCUCGAAAGGAUGGAUCGGAGCCCACUGCGAGAGAGAGACGGUAACGUGUGCAGAAAAACCGUGCGUGCAUGGGACUUGCAAGGAUACGAAUAUAGGCUUCAAGUGCGACUGCCCCGUUGGCUACAGCGGAGUCGCAUGCGAAAUACAAAUAAACGAAUGUAAUCCUAGUCCUUGCGAAAAUGGGGGUACUUGCUUCAACAAAGGAGAUACAUUCAAAUGCCAGUGUCCUAGCGGUUACAGUGGAGUAAGAUGUGAAAUAAAUAUUGAUGACUGUCAAGGAAAUCCCUGUUAUAACGGAGGAUCAUGCGUAGACAUGGUUAACCAGUUCCGCUGUCAGUGUGUUCCAGGCUUUAUAGGAUCACUUUGCGAAAACAAAGUAGAUCUGUGCCUGACGAAACCCUGUGCAAAUGGAGGAACGUGCACGAACUUAAACAAUGACUACAAAUGUAAAUGCCGUGCCGGGUUCGCUGGAAAAGACUGUAGUGUCGAUCUUGACGAAUGCAGUUCGUCACCUUGCAAAAAUGGAGGCACAUGCGUUAAUCGUGUCAACAGUUUCCAGUGUGUUUGUGCUGGCGGAUUCCGUGGCGCAACAUGCGAAGAGGAAGCUCUUUCUACUAGUUGGGACUCAGCGACCGGCAGCAUUUCGGCACAUAUCGCAAGCGUUCAUCACGAAGCGCAGAGUGGGCGCAGCGAUGGUCUCAGCAGCGGACAGAUUGUAUUGAUUGCCAUAUUCUCGGUAGCGGUACCAUUAGCUGCACUCAUAGCUACGGCUGUAGUGAUUUGCAUGAAACGCAAGCGCCGCAGAGAACAAGAAAAGGAUGACGCAGAAGCACGUAAGCAAAAUGAACAGAACGCGUCACAUAUGACGCAUCAUCAUCAGAACUCUAUGUCAUCAUCGAAAAGAAGCAGCAACAGUGCAUUAACUAAUUUGGAUACAUCACAUCAUAUGAUCAAAAAUACGUGGGACAAAAGUGUUAACAAUAUGGCAGCUUCGGCCAGUCUAGAUGAUGGGUGUUUGAUGAACAGCAGUUUGUACGGUGGUAUGUCCGGUACUACCUAUAGUGAGGCGAAUUCCGGCAGCAGCGAACAGUGCUAUCAAGCGGCUCCCAUUCCAAAUACUCUGCAACGUGCCAAAUCACAGAAACAACUAAACACCGACCCAAUGGUGAUGCAUCGAGCAUCGCAGAUGAUUUUGACGGGAGGAGGGCCGCAGUCGUCGCAAAUGUCAGCAGUUGGAGCCAUCGCCACACCUGCUACGGCUACUUCGUCGACAUCAUCGACAGCAACGGCCAGUACCAAAGACAUGAUGCCGGAGAAGCGGAUAUCGGUGCUAUCCGAUGCCAGUUUAUGUAACACUCGAUGGAGUACAGGACUGCAGAACCGACAGACCGUCGGUCCAUGCAGUCCACCACACGUUUAGGAUUUUACGGAUUUUUUAAAUUUAUAACAAUUUCUUUUAAGAGAUCUCUUUCGUUUAUUCAAACGAAUAUGCGCUAAACCUAAAUUAUUUCCAACAAUCACAACGAGCAGGAAAAGUAGAAUGCUAACUGAUCUUUAUAUUUUGUUUAUUUCUUUUUUCAAUUGCGCAUCAAAAACGUCAUUUUGAUACAUCCUUAGUUAAGGUUUCUAAUUGAUCAAAUAAGAAAAAAAAAUCGAGCAGAAAUUGUAAUUAUAAAUUUUCCAUCAAGAUGCAGACCCAAAUUUGCACAUUGUACAUUAAUACCUAUUACAAAUUUAAAUUAAAACAUGGAAAUGCAACUAAAUGAAGCAUCAUUUGUGUUGAACCAGAGUACACGCGUGUCAAAAAUAAUCAAACGAGCCUCGCUAACUUCGAUUUCCGCAUGGAAAUGGAUCUCGAUUACUGUGUUUUAACUUCGAAGGUUAUAAUUGUGUUACUGAAUUAUACUACAAAGCUCGUCGAAGGCCAGUUCACAAUUUCUGCAUUGAUUAUAUUGUAUCAUACUAAACUCAUAAUGAAAUCUGAUGUAUAUAUUCAACCGUAAAAGUGAUUUUGCAGUUAUUUUGUUCUCAUGCCAAUAUACAUUGAUUUAAGCAAUUGUUGUUUUAAAUAUAAAUAUUGGUAUGAAAAUUUUGUUUGGUUGACAAUAAAUACAAAAUUGAUCAGAAUGCCAUAAGAAUAACCGAAUGGAAGACAGGCAUUUUAGGUAUUCUAUAGUAAAAGGUUUUGACAACGUUUUCUUCCAACAGUUCAUGAAGGCCACAUCUCUAACUCAACCAUAUCUCCUGUUGACGAUAAAAUCAAUUAAAUACAACACUAUAUAUUGUACAUUUUUAUGAGCAGGUUAGGUUAGAUAAUUUAAGUCAAGACACUCGAGAGAAGUGUUCUGCAUGGAAUCUCCAGCAGAAUCUCUUGUAUAUGUGUAAAGUUCUGCUAUGCAGGACUCACUUGAAAUGGACUCUGUAUAAAUUGGUAGAAUUUCUAAUCUAUUUAUUUAUUUUUAUUUUGCAUUUCUCAUAUCGAUUAGCGGAACUAUAUAUAAAUGCAUUUGUCAGCCAUCGACUACAACUGCGCGAGGCUUUAGGCCAAAUUAAUCAUUUUGUAUUGAGCAGUCGUAUUCUCGUACUUAACAAAAUUCCUUCCCGAACUAAACCAUCGAGGGGGCUUUGUUGACUGAGAGUAUAGCGCUGUUAUUCAAACAAUUCCACUGCCAUAAAUGAGUUUUAUGAUCAGUAUAAGGAAAAUUCAAACUAAUUCUCAAGCGAUAAGCCAUCGCAGAUUGAUUGGACAACCCACUUUAGUUAACCUGAACACUAAACUAUUCCGUUGUUUCUCUAAAUAAAUAAUGUUAUUGCCAGUUGAAAGAACAAGUGUAUUUCGCACAAUCACAGCAACCCAUGACAGCUGUAAGCAUUUCAUCAAAAAAUGUAUUUUGACCAUGGCUUACUGUGAUAAUCUGUUCUCUUAUAGUGUAAACAAAUAAACUGAAAUUCAUGACAAACAUAAUAUUUAAAAUUGAAUACUCGCAACAGACAUGUGAUUCGCUACUAACACCUGAUGCAUACACUGCAGCAAACAGUCGCAAAGGUGACUGCAUGCGAUAUCGCCGAGUUGCUCUAUUGUAUUCAUCGAGUAUUAACAAUACCAUAUCAGCAUUGCGAGUUAAGUAGAUAAUCACUACACUGUCGUGAGUAUGGCUUAGAUUACGAAAAAUAAAAGUAUUGUGAUCCAUACUUAAUUUUAGCUCUUAGUUCAUAGGUUAUAUUAAAUAUUCAAACAGAUUAAAUAAUAAGCAAAGAAGAAAAAACUAAGUCAAACAGUUUACAUAUUUUUGUAAAUUGCAAGUUUAUAUAAUAUAUUGAACCAAUUGACUGAAUUGAAAUUGUUUUAU